AUGUUCAUUCCCUGGCUGCCCAAAUCCGACACGUAUCGACAGUCCCUCGGCCUCAAUGGCCUGGCGUCCGACUCAGAAGUGCGCCAAUUGCCCACAUUCUACGGAAUGCUGGCACUUUCGACCGAAUGCAGAGCACUGAUGUCCCAGGUCACUCAUGUCUUUGAGCUCACCAGCUCUACGCCGUGCUCUGAGACAAGAAUCUGCGAUCCUGCCAGUGCCAGCAUCCAUCCUGAAUCUCUACCCCCUGAAGCUACUCCGCCGCAGGUCCCUUUACCCGAUGUUGGAAUUCGCCCUUGGCUGCAGGUCGUCGCUGGCUUCUUCUUGAUGUUCAACGCAUGGGGAACCAUAUUCUCGUUCGGCGUUUUCCAAACAUUUUACACGUCACCCAGUGGUAGCAUCAAGGACAACAAGGCCCCAUCAGCGAUUGCAUGGAUUGGCUCUCUACAGACUUUCUUGCUGUUGUUCGGCGGCGCCAUGAGUGGGAUCUGCUUUGACAAAGGCUACUUUCGGUAUAUGAUACUGCUGGGGACUUUCUUCGUCGUCAUCGGCAUGAUGUUCCUCUCACUGGCCACUUCUUACUAUCAGGUGCUGCUCUCGCAGGGCUUGUGCGUGGGACUUGGCCUGGGACUUCUCCUGGUGCCCUCUGUUGGACUACCGAGCACCUGGUUCGUGAAACAUCGUGGCAUCGCGGUUGGCCUUGUGUCGAGUGGAGCGUCCAUUGCUGGGAUCGUGCUUCCUACUGCCGCACGAGCAUUGAUUUCGACUUGGAACUUCCAGUGGGCUGCCCGCAUUCUAGCUUUUCUUUCUCUCGCCAGUCUGGCAAUCAGCAUAUCUCUUGCCCGACAACGUCUCCCUCCCAGAGGAAGAGGUUCAUUGGUGGAGUACCGAGCCUUGAGACAACCUGAAUUCACCCUUUACAUCUUUGGGCUGUUUCUUUCAAUGUUUGGUUUGUACACCUUCUACGGGUUUAUCGAGGUCUGGGCUGUGAGCAGCAAUGUUCUCAAUCGUAGCAAGCUCCAACCUGCUUACAUUCUUCCUAUCCUCAACGCCGCCAGUCUUGUCGGACGGAUAGGUCCAUCAUAUUGCUCGGAUCUUCUUGGUCCCCUCAACAUCCAGGCUCCUGCUCUACUGCUUUGUGGCAUCCUGGUCCUGGUAUGGUUGAAGGUCCAAACUACGGCGUCUUUUCUCAUCGUGGUGGUGCUCUACGGAAUAGCAUCGGGCGCUGUUAUUGCGAUGCCUCCUGUGGUAAUCUCCAGCAUGACAGAGGACAUGACCACCUUUGGUGGCCGCAUGGGCGUGUUCUUUCUCGCCAUCAGUUGCUCAUCCCUCGCCGGCCCACCAAUUAAUGGCGCUAUCAUUCAAGCCCAGAAUAUGGCCUAUGAUGGGACUCGAAUUUUCUCUGGUGUUGUCAUCAUCCUCGGGGCCGGCUUUCUGGGAGCGGCACGCAUGACGAAGAGCAAACUGAAGUUGUAUGUCAAAGUUUAG